GGGAAGCAAUGCACGGAUUCCAUCUUCCCUCCUCCGGUGCGACGCAUGAGACAGCCUUGAUGGGUAGAACGAAGCCGGGAGUACCUGGACACUAUUGCUUUCAGCUGUGUUGGCUGAGCUGCCGUGUUCUGUACAGGUACACCGUCAACGUGCGUCGCCGUAGGUUCCGACAUCACGCAGAGAAUGAGAGAAGAUCAGCGCUGAAUCUCUUGACGACGCCUUUAUGUACGUAGUCACUGACACUCCGCGUCGGACCACAUGCAGUUUAUGAUGUGAUUAGGGUGUGGUAUCGUCUAAGAUGAGUCAAAGCUUCGGCCUGCCAAGCUGCAGCCCGACUGUGGGAUUAGCACGCUCGGCGAACUGCGGGUGCUGUAAAGAACGGUCUCGGAAGGGUCUCGGGUGUACGUUCACUAGACCUGCCUUUCCAGGACAUCAGUGCGUGCGCCACAUCAGUGGCUGCCUCUGCUUCCUGGUAUCGUGUUGAGUUGUAUCGUAGGCCUGCAGUGACGCAUUGGGAUACGAUGGACAGUGUCUCUAUAGCAGAAAGCCAAACGAAACAGAGCAGGAUGAAUGUUGAAUUACUGGGAUAUCCG